UUCAGAGGUCUGGUAUGUCCUACUCCCCAUGCAUUAGUACUAGUGAAAUACAGGGUUUUUUUUUUUUUUUUCCUCUCCUCAUGUAUACGUUUAAGUUAUUUGGUAGUACGUCGGUUUUGCAGUUUUUAUUUAUUUUUUAAUUUUUGAAAAUAAUUUUAGCCUAAAAAUCUGGGUUUUUAUUUUUUUUUUAUUUUUAAAUUAAAGAUUAUUUGUUAGUAUUUAUUCUUGAAGUAUUUUUAAUAAAAAUAUUUCUUUUGAAAAUAUUAUAAGUGAUUUUUUUAAUAUUAUAAAUGAUUUUUUAGAUUUUUAAUACUGUUUCUUAAAUUUCAUCAAACACCUAUUUUAAUUUUUUUUAAAACUUUUUUCUUAUCCUUAAAACAUUUUGUAAAAUCACUGUAAAAUAAAUUUUAAGUGAUUGAUAAAAUUUAUAAAACACUUUUAAAUUUAGAAAAUUAUUAAUUUGUAAUAUUGAAAAAUUACUUGUAUCUAGAAAAACUCUUUAUGGAUGAUUCUCAUAGGGUAUAUUUAGUUCUAAUAAAUUUUAAGGGAAAAUAUAAAGGAAAAAAAUUAGAAAGAAAAAAAAAAGUGAAGGAAAAUAAAAAAUAGAUUAAAAGUCAAUAAUUAUUUUUAAAUGUUUUUUUAAACUCAUUUUAUUUAUUUUUUUUAUUAUAUAAAGAUUAAAUAAUUUUAAAAUACAUAAAUUUUCAAUUAAUUUUAAUUAUAUUUAAUUUUCUUUCAUAUUUUUCCAUGAAAAUUUUUUUUUUCUUAAUAAUUUUUUUUCUUCUCUUGGUACUUUCGCAUAACCGAAUAUAGUUUUAAAAACACUUGGAGAAAAAACAUUUCUAUUAAAAACACUUCUGUGUAAAAAUACUAUAAAAAACACUUUUAUAGUUAUUUUGAUAGUGAUUUUAGUUUAAAAAGUAUUUUUGAAAAAAUUAUUAGGUGUUUGCCAAAAUUUAGAUUUUUUUUAAAUUUUAAAAAAUCACUUAUAAAAAUCACUUAUAGUGUUUUCUUGAAAAACACUUGAUAUAUAAUUUUUUUUUAAACAUUUUAUGAGAAAACACUUGUACUAAAAAUAUUUUUGAGUAAAAACAUUUCCACAUGUAAAAAUGUAGUGUUUUUAAAAAACAUUUUUUUUUAAUUUUUGAAUGAUUAUGAAUAAAAUGUUAUAUAUAAAAAUUAUUUUUAAAAUAUAGAAAAUAAGUUAGAAACACUUAGAAUUCUUAAAUAUAUUUUUAUUUUAUAAAACAUUAAAAUAUUGUUCUCAAAAAUUGAUUUUCUAAACUCUUUUUGAAAAUACUUUCCAAACAAAUUCAAAAUAAUUGAAACUCUGUCAUUUUUAAGUCUUUUAAGACGUCUUGUGCGGCCUACCUUUGAUUCUUAUUGAUUCAAGGAAUCUCUUUCCCUUUAAACAUCUUCUUUAAUGUCAUAAAAUACUUAAAACUCAACAAAUAUGUAAUUGUUAGAUGAUUUGGUAACAUCUUUCAGUUCUGAAAUGCUAACCCAGAAACAACAUUCAAUACCUCCUCUGCAUUUACUCUUUGAUUGGUUACAUGCGUAAUCUUCUAAAUUCUGAUUUCACUAAAAUUUGAAUAUGAAAACCAUACAAUUGCCCACCGCCGAUCGACAAAAAAGGUACCACUCUCACAAUUAUUGUUAACCUUUGUGUUCUAUCAGUUGUCCCAUGCCCUUUUGACUGUUAGAAGAACAAGAGGCAGAGUGAAGUCCCGAAGGCAAAAUUUGUCAUCACAUUGUUUCUCUCUUCUCAUCCUGUCUCUAAAAUUUUAGCAUCUUUAAAUUAAUUUUAAGCUUAUGCUGCAGAGCAAGUACGGCAGUUGAAGGUGUUGCCCCAAAUAUGAUGCGAUUUGGUCCCGCAACUAUAGUCCCGAAUAACAGCGGUGAUGGUUUUCCCCGUAUGACCCCAACUGUAGUGCCAACUACAAUAGUUCGUGAAGUUCUUACAGAAAACAACUAUGAAAAUUGGAGCACUUGUGUAAAAUGGUAUUUGGUGGGUCAAGAUCUAUGGGAAGUUUGCCAGACGAAAGACAACAUUCCUGAUGAAGCAAAAGAUCCAGAAGCAUUUUCAGUUUGGGAAAAGAAGAAUGCCAUGGCUUUACAUGCUAUUCAAAUUUCAUGCAGUGGGGAGAAGCUUUCUCAGAUUAGGGAGGAAACUAGUGCAAGUUACGUGUGGGACUUUUUGCAGAAACGGGCCAAACCAACCUUCUGUUUCGACCCAAAAGUCAGUGGCAUAGACGAACGGUCACCUGCUGCCUCAGCCCCAACUGGGAACGUUGACUACUCUCAGUAUCAGGGCUUAAUCAAGGCAUUGAACCGUGGUAAGUGGAACGAUAUCGAAUCCUUCUUUAAUGAAAACCCGGGUGCAGUGAGAGCAAAAAUUUCACCGAAAGGCGAGACCGCGCUUCAUAUCGCAGCUCGUGCUGGACAUGUAAAGGUUGUAGAGGAGUUGGUGAAAAAACUGAGUCCAGAGGACUUAAAACAAAAAGAGAAUAAUGGAGGGCACACGCCACUUGAUUUGGCUGCAUUGAAUGGAUUUAAAGAAAUAGCGCGGUGCAUGAUUAAAAAGAACACGGAAUUGACUAGUAUUUUAGAUAAUGAAGGAAUCCUCCCAGUUGUGCGUGCUUGUAAUCGAGGCAAAAAAGGAGUGAUACGUCUUCUCUACAAUUACACUCCACCAAAGGAGCUAGGUCCUAAAAAAGGCGAAGGCAAAAAUGGUGCAAGGCUUCUUGGUUAUUGUAUUGCUACCAAAUUCUUAGAUCUUGCUUUGGAUAUCCUCGAGAAGCACCCAAGUUUGGCUGUUACUUUGAAUGAGGAUGGAAUUUCCCCCCUGUAUAUAUUGGGUCAAAUGCCUUCUUUGUUCAAGAGUGGAACUCGGCUUUGGUUUUGGCAGGGUUGGAUAUACUCAUGCAUAUCUGUAAACGUAGAUCGUGCCUCAGAUUGGGUUCAAAUAAAUGUUGUUGACGACAUUGGACAAGGACGAGAUGACAGGAAUAAUACUGAGAAAGGACUACGUCAAUUAAUUCAUGGGCUGGUUUCAUAUCCACAAAAACUUCCUGGAAUCAAGAACUUCCAUGAUCAAAAGUAGAGGCAUACUCAAGCCAUCAAACUUCUUGGGAGCAUUUGUAUUGAACUACAAAAUAUGAAAGUUGACGACCUUGGUUUUCAAGUGCACCAAGCAGUCUUCGAGGCUGUCAAGCGAGGGAAUGUUGAGUUUGUCACUGAGAUGAUUAAAUCUAUUCCUGAGUUAGCGUGGAGCCGUGAUAUUAAUGGAAGAAACAUAUUUUUUAUUGCAAUUUUGAACCGUCAGGAAAAGAUUUUCAACCUUUUACAUGGGCUUACUGACGCACGGAAGAUGAAAGUGAUAUCUCCUUUGGAUAGGUUUGGAAAUAGCAUGCUACAUUUGGUUGCGAUGUUAGCACCAUCGGAACAGCUUGAUGGUAUUCCAGGUGCCGCCCUGCAGAUGCAAAGAGAACUACAAUGGUUUCAGGAGGUGGAAAGCAUUGUGCCACCACUAUUCAAGGACCUUAAAAACUCAGAUGGAAAAAAGGCCAGUGAGGUGUUCUCUCAGCAGCAUGCAGACUUGAUAAAAGAAGGGGAGAAAUGGAUGAAGGACAUAUCAACAGCUAGUUCAUUUGUAGCUGCUCUUAUUGUUACCAUUAUGUUUGCUGCAGCCUUCACUAUUCCUGGGGGUAACAAUGACAAAGGCGCUCCCAUAUUCUUGGACGAUACCUUUUUCGUAGUUUUUAUAAUGUCAGAUUCAAUCUCACUCUUUUUUGCUACUACUUCAGUGUUGAUGUUCCUGGGAAUCUUGACCUCACAAUAUGCAGAGUACAAAUUCCUUACACGGUUGCCCAAAAAGCUGAUAUUUGGCCUAUCCCUCCUUUUUAUCUCUAUUGCGGCCAUGAUGAUAGCCUUCUGUUCUGCCAUUGCUAUUUUGCUAAAGAAUAGCUCAAUCGAAGGGGUUAUGAUCCCGAUUAUUUCACUUGCUUCCGUUCCAGUGAUCACAUUCGCAUUACUGCAAUUUCCUCUCCUUCAUAACAUUUUCAAGUUCACAUAUCGGCCAGGCAUCUCCAACAGGAAAAUACAACAAGUCCUUUAUUAGCCUGUUCAAUAAUUUGUUUUAUUUUAAGGUGCAUGUAAGAAACACACCAGUUCUGUUGAUGCCUAUAUGAUUCUAUAUUACCUCGAUUUUAUGCAUUGUCA